ACGCACAUGCGCACUGGACGUAAUCUCAGCCAUUUUUUGAAGGAAACUAAUUAGCAGGAAUAAAGAGCCAAGUGUUUUUCCCCCCACAGUGAUCAGAACUCAUUCUACCUCUGGAGCUCGCACAAACCCCUCCGUCCCCCAUCGCCUGUUUACUACAGCCUAUAUGUAGCUUUAAUUACACUGUUGUUUGGUAACAACUUGGACCCCGCUGCUCUCUCUCCCUCUCCCCGUUUUUUUUCUUCCUCCUGGCUCCGUUAAAACGCAGAGGAUCAUUCAUAAGGAAUGAGUGGGCUCUCUAUACGAUUGUUUUCUGGACUACUUCACAUUCAGCGUACGGAGCUUUGUACCAGAGCCGCUGCAGAAAUGUGGGGUAGUAAUGCCUGGCAGCUGUAGCCUCUGGUAUGGACAGCGGUGAGGGAGGAGGAGGGGAUGGAGGGGGAGGAGAGGAGAGAGAUGCUGACCUCAGUCCCCAGGCUUUAUCUCUUCCUCUCCUGACCCUGGCGGUCAUUCCUGAGCAGGGGUCAUCCUCUCAUACCUCAGCCAUGGCCCCUGCCAAAGAGCCCCUGACCCUGCCUCAGCAGCAGGAGGAGGAGGGCGCAGAGGGGUCCCAGGCUAGAGAAGAGACCCAGGGAGGUGAGCGGAAAGAAGGAGGCCGACGUUCACAGGAGAAUGGAGCAUGUCAAAAGCAGGGGAAGAAGGAAGACUUCGGGGAGGGAUAUUUGUCAGGGCAAAGGAAGGAAGAAGGGGAGGUGCAUGUAGGUGUGGGAGAGGCGUCAGUUACAGGGGGCCUCCCAGCAGCCCUUAGCAGCAGAGGCGGAGAGGAGGAGAAGGAAGAGGAGGAGGCCAUCUCAAACCAAAGCCAAACCAAAUCCAAAUGUUCUUUAUUACCUCAACAGAGCCAGCACAGCUCUUCUUCCAGCACUGCAAAGGCCAGUGGCACACAUGACAGCAAAAUAGCCGCCUCUCCAAAGCCCUCCCCCACUCCUUCCACCUCUCCAAAGCCCUCCCCUUUUCUUUCCACCUCUCCAAAGCACUUCACUAGCCCGUCCUCCUCUUCUGCCCUGCUGAGCGAGACAGAGGUAAAAGACAUUAAGGGAGAUCAGGGCUGGAUUUCUGGGUUUCCUCAGAGCUUUAAAUCCCAGCAGUCUACUCUGGCUUUUCCACUGGCAGGGACGGAGCCUGCCAGAACACCUGCUGAGGAUGAUGGGCCGGCAGGGGUUUCUCACUCUUCCAUUUCCAAUGGAGAUGGUGCCAAAGCUCCAGAACCAAAUGACAGCCAGCUAGACGCAGAGGUGGAUGACGAGAGAGACAAAGAAGGGGAACAGAAAGAAGCUGUCCUUAAAAACCUCAACCAAGACCUCUCUCCAAAUUCACUGACUAGUCACAUGACCAUAAUGCACUCACGCAAUUCCUGCAAGACCCUGAAAUGCCCCAAGUGUAACUGGCACUAUAAGUCUCAGCAUACACUGCAAGUCCACAUGAAAGAGAAACAUCCGGAGACGGGAGGCCAGUGUGUGUGUGGCUCCUCCGGGGGAAAGUGUGUGUGUGGCGGUGCAACACGAGGUGUGUGUGGAUACUGCAGUUCGGGGAAACCCCAUCCUCGCUUGGCCCGUGGUGAAACCUAUGCCUGUGGCUACAAGCCGUACCGCUGUGAGGUGUGUGACUAUGCUACCUCAUCGAAAGGCAACCUCAGCAUACACAUGCAGUCGGAUAAACACCUUAAUAAUGUUCAAAAUGGGGGACACUCGAAUGGUCACAUGCACACCUCUCACAUUAGCAACAGCAGCAGCUCCUCCAACGGUCACACAGUGGAUGAGCCAGUAUACAAACUCCCGCUCUCUAUUCCCACGCCUACUACCCAGCCCGCCAAGCUCACACCACCUGCACACUCUCACUCUCACGGUAAGCGGUGGCGGUGUGAUGUGUGCGACUAUGAGACCAGCAUUGCCCGCAACCUGCGCAUACACACCACCAGCGAGAAACACACACAUAACAUGCUGCGGCUCCAGAGAGGUUACUAUCUGUCUCACUGCAGGAGCCUUGCGCCACAGUUUAAACACCUACAGAACGCAGGUGCUGAGCUCACUUUGAACAUGCGACUAACCAGUCAGCAAGUUGCAGAACAGCCAGUCACCCUUGGGUCUACGCUUACUCCCUCUCCCUCCCCAUCCCCCUCCCCUCCUCCAGCCCCAUCUCUGUCCCCCACUGGACCGCUCUCUCAGGGCGUGUUCCAAUGCCUUGUCUGCUCCUGUUUUUCGUCCGACAGCUUGGAGUCUGUUGAGCAGCACCUGAACGCCCCUCGCUCCUUACCCCAGUCUGAGUGGUGCUCCCUUGUUGCUGGUGGCUGCCACUGCAGACUGUGCGGCUACACCACCCCGCUGAGGGCUAACUUCUCCUUGCACUGCCAGACUGACCGACACCGCACCCGGUACCAGCUUACUGCUCACCUCCAGGAGGGCGGAGACAGGGGUCAGGAGGGGGCUGCCCUUAUUGCUAAGGGCAACCCCGUCCAGCUGAGGUGCAACCUGUGUGACUACGUGACCAGCAGUUUGGAGAAGCUACGAGGACAUUCCCUGAGUUCACAUCACGAGGCCAGCGUUCGGGUUUACAGAUUCCUGCAGCAGUAUGAUGGUGAGGUUGAUGGAGGUUCGUGGCUGUUCCAUUGUCUCCUAUGCAACCACUCCUCCUCUUCUAAACUCCAAGUACUGAAACACAGUCAAACCCCAACCCAUCAGCAGAGGGAAGGGCUACUGCAGCUGCAGCCAAUGGGCGGAGAGGAGCUGGCAGCCAUUUUUACCAUCAGGAAAAGCCCUGAUGGUGUCACAGGAGAACUCAGUGAGGAUAUGGAAACUUCCAGUGAGACCACCACUGGUCCUUUGGAAACAACCAAAGACACAUGCGACUUGGGAGUGAAGCAGAUAUCUGAGGAGACAGAAGAAACUAAGGGGGAGGAAAGAGAAAAGAGGGAAUCACUGCCCUCAGCCAAGCGUCCAUCCUCUGGAUGCGAGGAAAUGGAAAACUCCAUCUCAACCAAACGCCCCAGAAUACACCAGCAAAAUGAGAACCAGCAGACUGUCCAGUGCCCUUUGUGCCAGGUUAAACUCCCAUACCCACACCUUCGACAGCAUCUCACACAUGUGCAUAGCGUAGCGCAAGACUGUGUGGACAAGCUCAUCAGCACAGUCACACCAUCCAUGGAACAACCGCAGCCUCAGCUGGAGACAGAACUACAGACAGACUCGCGCACAGAUGAUACUCAGAAAAAUAAAACCGCCAAGAAUAACAAUGCAAAUUGUUCCCAUACUGCUGAUUCAAUUUCCUCUGUUGAUUCUCAGAAAAGCAAAGGCAAUUCAGUGGCAAACACUGAGGGAGAUGUAGCCGCACCCAAAGAUGUCACAGCUCUACUUACCCCACCCCUAGAAGACAACACCACUCACCCUUCCAAUGGGAGACUGGCUCCUCAGUCCCCGACUCAGAUCCCCCCCUCCUCACCACCCACCUCCCCACCUAGCGAUCCCCCUUCCCUUUCUGAUCGCCAUGGUUACCGGUUCCGUUGCAGCAGGUGCAGCCUGGCGUUCCCCACUCAGGAGAAGCUCCAGCUGCACUGGCAGUACCAUGCCAUGAGGGCGGCGACAGAGUGUCCCCUCUGUUCUAGACAAUGCCGCAGUCAGGAGGCCCUGCAGAGACACAUGCAGAACACGCACUCACAGCUGGACAACACACAGGGGCAGAAUACACUCUUACCGCCUCAUACUGUUCAAUACAUGGAGCAUAAUAAGAGUUCAGUUCAACAAGAGUUUAGUUUAUCACCUCAAGCCGGUCAAGAGGCAGGAGAGGGCGAGGAUGAAGAGAUAGAGGAAGAAGCACUAGGCAUGGACGCAAAGGAGGAACAAGAAGAAGUUAAAAAUAAAGAGAAGGAUGUGGUUGCUGAAGUUGAUGGAAGUGAGGAGGAUUUAACUGACCCAGAGAAAGGGCCACAUGAGGACAUGGUGUCAGAGCCUAGUUUGAGCUCUCUCGUCAAAAAGAGUUCUAACCCCACAAUGGACCGCUAUCUGGACCCAUCCAGGCCGUAUAAAUGCACCAUAUGUUCAGAAUCUUUUACUCAGAAAACCAUUCUUCUGGUCCAUUUUAACUCUGUGUCCCAUCUUCACCGGGCCAGACGAGCCCUGCAGGACUCUGGCACAGGUGUUGCUCCCCCCGAGGCUCCCCGUGGCCCAGAUCCAAGACCCUAUCGCUGCAGACUUUGUGGAGUGGGCUAUAGCCAGAGCUCCACACUAGACAUACAUCUUCGCUCUGUUCUUCAUCAGACUAGAGCUCGUGCUGCCCAGAACCCAGCUCCACAGACACCAUCGUCUAGUGUAACUGUUCCAGUGUCAGUCUCCACUAGUGCCACUCAGCCUGCGGCCACCAGAGAGGAGAUAUCCAAGAAUUUGCCUUUCACCAAGAGGCCAGAUGUAAUAAGCUCUUCAGCGUCUGCACUAUUAGGCUCUGGCUUAGUAGUUGAGACCCAGCAGAAACUCUCUAACCAAACUGACAGCCAGCAGGCUAAAAAGAGAGUGGCAGAGCUUCUAGCGUCAAGAAACCAACUAAUGCUAAUACAGCAGCAGCAGUUAGCCCAGGCACAGGCCCAAGCGCAGUUACAGCAACACACAGCUCUGCUCCACUCCCAAGUGAUGCAGCACCUUCCCUUAGGGCCAGAGAAUCUCCUUAAACAACACUUCUCCCUGGCUCCAGACAGCCUGCUCUCUCUGCAGCAACAACUUCUUCUGCCUUUUUACUUGUCAGGAGACAUGAAACUUGACAUGAGCCCAGAACUUGGUCAGUUACUCUCUGCCAACUUUAUCUCAAAAGAACAGGUUAAGGUAGAGGCUAAAAGUGAGUCCCCACCUCAAAGUGAUGAGAAACAAACCCAGAGACAAAGUUCAAACUCAGCUGCUCAACCUAAGGAUCAUGUGCAGUGUGAAGCCAAGGUUGAAGCCUGCAGUGGAUCCUCCAUGAACCAGACAGAAAGAGAACACAGAAUUUUUUGUCUUGAGGACAAAAAAGAAGAAAUACAUGUCAAUAUGGUUAAAAGUGAGAGUCAAAAGGAGGGAACUGAUUCCUCCUCAUUUAAUCUUCUUGGAUUGCAGUGUCCGCCUCCCAGAGUGCCCUAUGCAGCUGCAAAUGGGGAGCCUCUUAGAGCCCUACUGCAGAGUUAUGGCUAUGAGUUGGCACUGCAAUAUAUACAAAAUAGACAAAGACACCAGCAGCAGAUAGCAACUCGAGCAAUGCCUGAUAAACAAGAACGUUGUAAUCUCAACAAGAUGGAGGUGAGCUUAGAGGAGGAAAGAAAUGAGUUUAGUGAACCACAGGAUGGAAAGAUGGAAGGCCGUAACAAGGAUAACAAAAGAGUAGAAGGCAAUCGAGAAAGAGAUUGCUUGCCACCAGAGAAAAAGCAGAACAAAGAUGAGGAAUCAGCAAACAGAGAAAAAAGAUGCUGUGAAGGAGGAGAAAAGUGUAAAGACUGUGGCAAGUUUUUUUCAGAUGCCUUGAUUUUAAAAAGCCACCAGGAGUACAUUCACCGGAUGCUGUUUCCCACUGCUGCACUGGAGAGGUUUUCCAGAAAUUACAGGCUGCAGUAUGACCAGAUGUACCCCCUCACACAGCCUAAAUCUGGGGAGAAUUCAACUACCUGCCCCCAAGCUGCAGCCUCAGCCCCAGCCACAUCCUCCGAGUCAGAAGCACCACUGGAGCCAGUUAAACCUCAAGUUAAAACCCUUGCACCCUCACCUGUACCCUUGGUGACAGAUACUGUAGCCAAACCAUGUGCUACAGCUACAGACCUGACACCAUCUGGCCCUGCAGUUUCUUCUCCUCCAUCCCCUUUGCAACCUCAAGAGUUUCCACAACAGGAGACACCCAUCCCAGGCACAUCUGCUUCAGCUACUUCUCAAAACACAUCCUCAGCUAAGUCCAUAUCUCUUUCCUUACCUAAAAUACCUAUGCUCUCUCUGCCCUUGCCCCAGCUUCCUAUACCCCCACUGCCUCUACCUAAGCUUCCCCUACCCCCCAUUCCUUUUCCCAUGGAGCUACCUCUCCUCCCUCCAGUUGUGAUGCAGUCUGUGGCUCUCCAGCCCCAAUCUUGGUUAGACUCAAGCGUGAACCCAGAGCUGGCAAAACUCUACCAAUCUCAACUUAAGCCAGCACUGCUAGGGCAGCCGCCUCAGCUUAGUCCAGCUUUGCUAGCCCAGCAACCCCAGCUCAGCCCAUCUUUGUUAAGCCAGCCUCCACAGCUCAAUGCUGCGAUGCUGGGGCAACCAUCCCAACCCAGCCCCAUCCAAACCGGACAGCAAUCACAAGUCAGCCCGACAAUACUUGAACAGCAGCAGGGUAAGAGAACCCGAACACGAAUCUCUGAGGAGCAACUGACUGUUCUAAGGAGACACUUUGAUAUUAACAGCCUCCCCAGUGAUGAAGAGAUCAACAAGAUGUCUGUUCUGUCUGGUCUGCCUCACAAAGUCAUCAAACACUGGUUCCGCAACACCUUAUUUAAAGAGCGCCAGCGAGACAAGGAUUCCCCUUACAAUUUUAAUAACCCCCCAACCACAGCCCUGGAGGAGUGCAGGGAGGAAGUAGCACAAAACCAAGCUCUGACACUUUCCCCAUGUUCACUGUCCCCAGGCCUCCCAGCCAACAUCUCCCCACAGCCCCAGACAGCAGACCUUCAGAGAGGAGAGCCCCAUAGGGGUCGGCGCUCUUCCCGAACCCGCUUCACGGAGCAACAGCUGGAGACCCUGCAGGGGGUGUUUGAGGCCACUCCCUACCCCAGAGAGGAAGAAUAUGACAGAUUGUCUGCUAUGUUGACUCUCCCCAAUAGAGUCAUUGUGGUAUGGUUCCAAAAUGCUAGACAGAGAGCCCGCAAAAAUCAAGACCGGGGUACAGAAGAUGGAAUAGAGGGGAAGAACCAGCUUGACAGCAUUCACAGACAGAUAAAUGGCUGCUUCAAGAAUGAUGAUGAUAAUGAGGAUAACAGUUGUGGGGAUGAAGGACAGGGUGACUCUCAAAAUGAAAACUCCAUGGAUCUGACUUACGAGUAUUACACCCAACCUGAUUCGCCCUUCCUUGAUUCUUCCACUCACUUCACAGAAAAUGAGCAUCUAACAGCCAAGGGUGAACCAACACCUGUAACCAGGAAACAGGAGGAUAAAACAAGCUCUCCUCAGGCUGACAAGAGCCCAGCUCUUGUUCAGAAUCGAGAUGGAAUUUUAGAUGCAGACAUCCAGCGUAAAGAAAUUGUACCCACUAUGAAAACAGGGUCCUCUUCACAACCUAACCCCAAGGUGCAGCCUGAAAGUACUCCAGAAAGAUCCCAGCCUUGCUCUUCCUCCUCUUCACAAAAAACAGUGCCCACGAUCCCGUCUACGUCUCAUUCCGGCCAGGGGCAUAUGCCCAGUCCUCCCUUUGAUCAAGCUCUUGAAAAGCCUGCUGAGCCAUCACCCAGCCUCCCUUCUGCUCCAGAGUCUGAAAUGAGCCACAUUCGGCUGCCUGAUGCCACCUCUGGUCUAUCCACUGAAACCCAGCCACAAAACCAGCUCCAACUGCAAACCCAGGCUCAGUUCCAGUGCAGCCUCUGCCCAAUGUCCUUGCCAUCAUUCCAGCUGUGGCAGGAGCAUCAGACCAUGCACCUCCUGGCAGCUCAGUCCCAGGUCCAACUCCUCCACUCUGGCUUCACAGACCGGACCAUGCCUUACAUGAUGCUCCACCCAAACCACACCCUGAUGGCCAGCCAAAUGCUUUCAGGUGCUAUGUCCCAGAUGCACCCUAAUCCCACACAUCCCAUGAUUUCACACUUAAACAGCAUACAAAUUAAGAACACACUCUCUGAUCACUCAAGUAACACCCUUACCAGCCUCUCUCAAAGUUCCCUGACACCUAUGAAGCAGAGUGCAAAGCUUAUAUCAGAAACCAGUUUUGAAGGUCAGAGGGGUAGUAGAGAGAUUGAGGAGGAGCACAGAAGGGAUAAGCGUCAGAGAACCACCAUCACCCCAGAACAGCUUGAAGUGUUGUAUCAGCGCUACAGUUUGGACUCAAACCCCACAAGAGGAGUCCUGGAAAGCAUUGCACGAGAUGUGGGCCUAACAAGACGUGUGGUUCAGGUGUGGUUUCAGAACACACGAGCCAGAGAGAGAAAAGGACAGUUCCGGUCAAUGGGGCCAGGAUCCAGCUUCAGUUUGGGUUUGAACCACCUGCGUUGCCCAUUCUGCAGGGCUCUGUUCAAGGUAAAGAGUGCUCUGGAUGCCCAUAUAAAGUCACGCCACUGGGCAGAGGCAGAAAGAGCAGGCUACAACUUAUCACAGAUUAAUGGAUCCAGUGGGCAGAUUGGGUUUUCUAUAUCUUCUGUCAUGGACAGACCAGGCCCAUCUAUCUCCUCCAACCCUAUCCCAAACCCUGUCUAUGUCAUGAACAACAAAGAAUUAACUAUGAAGCCACCUGUGACCUCUUUGUCCUCAACCACUGAUCUGAACAACCCUGAGGAGGAUGAUGACUAUGAGGAAGAUGAUGAUGAGUACCAAUGUGAGGAGGGUUCCAGUAUGGCUGACCAAGAGUCUCCUAGUCCUGAGGGAUCUGGGGGUCCAAGCUCAGAUUGGGGUGAGACACAAACUCUGCAGCAGCAGCACCACCAUCAGCAGCAGCGCCAAAGGACACAGAUGAGCCACUUCCAGGUACUCCAGCUCAGAGACUUCUACAGAAGCCAUCGUACACCCAACCGACAUGAGUGUGAGGCACUAGGCCAGGAGUUGGGACUGCCUCACCGCGUGGUGCAGGUGUGGUUCCAGAAUGCCAGAGCCAAGGAGAAGAGGGCCAGGAGCCUGAGCUCUGACUCUGCUGAGAGGGAACAGGCAGAGCUGUCCGCAGGGGCAGGGGAGAGAGACAGAGCUUAAAGAAGCAGACCAAGGUCCCUUUGCUUCCCUCUACAAUGUUUUCCCCAUAACCCCUCCUGCACCUGCUGUCGACCUCUAAACAGAUACCCUGUCCACUUUGCUGCCAAACCUGUAACCUGAACACCCCAAAGAUGCAGAGCCACAGUGGCCCAAAGAGAGACUCUCUCAACUGAAAGUAGGAGAGAGCCCAAACCAAGUCCUCUCUACCACAGCUUUCCUCUUUUCAUAUCUUUAAAACUCUUCCCUGGUCUGUCCUUUCUUGUUGAAAAGAGCUCCUCUCCCUAUUCCGUCAGACACCUUACUACAACCAAACACCACCUUGAUAAAAACCAACCAGAUGCCACAGAGGCCAAAGAGCAUUCUCCAAGUAUGUGACCUCACUGCCCAGCUAGACCUGCAGUCUACCUCUCAGUCUGCAUGACAGACUCACAGUGGGCCCUCCACCAGACAGUGCUAGAUGACUAGCUGUGUAGCAUGUAGUGCCAGUCUGCACAAGACUGGAAAAGAAAUUGUCAAAGAGAUUUUAGUGUAAAUAGAGAGCUCCAAAAGAUAAACUUGAAGAAAAACAAAGCAGUUAACAGUGGAAGAAGAAGAAGAAGAAGAAAAUGGAAUAAUAUCCUUGAAAUAGAUGGAGGUAUUCGCAUAGAGCUUUUGUAAAGACUGACUCAGAUUCCAAAGCUCGUAACCAAAAUUUUACAUGUCUGUGGAUUUAGUUUCAACAUGUUUGUUUUCAAUAACAAACUGCAGAGCUGACGUCUGUAUGGUGAAGGGGUGAGAUCUGCAGCUGGCAUAGGUAAGCCGAGUACCAAGAGACUGAUAAGGUGCUAGGAUGCAGCUUCACCCUCCACAAGCCAAUGAUGAGUCUUCUGUUGUACAUGUACACCUUCUAUGUUCCUUUAGUGGAUAACAGCCCAAAUAGCACAGAACGUAAAGGCCAGUUUGUCCUGAGAGGGGCAAACUAUUUUUUAUAGCACUCAACCAUUAUGCUGUACAUGAAAACUUUAACCAAACUCAAAUUUACAUUGUGUGUGUUUAGUAAUAGUUUCUUAAUAUAAAUCUUAUGGAUUGAGAUAAACUGUCUUGCUUCGAUAUAAUAGUGUCAUGAUUAUGAAAAGAUUAUGACAGCUUUGAUAUGUUCAGGCAAGGUGACUUACUGCCUUUCCGUUCUAUUUGAAUAUACCAAUGGCUUACCAAUGUUAUGUGAUUAAUGUAAAGCUUUCUAUGCUCAGGUCAACAGCUCAACAUGGCUCCGCUUCAAAUGUGAUCUUAAUACUGUAUUUUUCUGUUUUUAAAACAGAAGAAGCAUGGUUUAACCUUGGACUAAGUAUUAGAAGAUAUCUACGAAAACAUCUCUGUAUUUCAAAGAUCUGAGCUUUUCACCUUUGAGUAAUAGAUUGUUACAAAAACCUUAUUGAAACUAAAGUGUUUAAUAGUGUGAGGGGUAAAUGUACAGUAUUUAGCUUUUGUAUGGUUGACUCAAGACUUCAUUGGAUGUUUGAGACAUUAGCUCCCUUUUCCACUUACAGAUGGGGAGCUACUGCGCAAAGCUGAGAAAAAACUUUGGAUGUUAUUGAUGUUAUUUUUGUACACUUAAUUUAUUUUCCCUCUUUCUCCCUCCCUACCUGUUCUCCUCUUUUUCUCUCUACCUUUCUUCCUCUGUUCAUUUGCAACCAGUCAUUAUUCUAACUGUAAUAAUGAUAAUAUAACAAUAAUAGCUAAACAAUAAUUAAUGCUUUAAGACAAAAAUCCAAAGACGUGAUAAUACUUUAACCAUAUGACCUACAAAAAUAAGCGCUACUGUUUACUUGACGAUGUACUGCUGUUUUUAAAGAAGGAAGGAGUCCCUAUAUCUAAGCUACUGUUUUCUGCCUCUCAUAAGCACACUGGAGACUGUAACCAAAACCCCAAACUAGAGCCAUGGCAGUCUGUAAUAUAGCGGUUAAAGAGUUUUACUUCUCUUGAGAAACAUUGCAGUUUAUUUUUCUUUCUUUUUUUACCAUAGUGUUGAACUUCAGCCCUUAAGGAUGUCCAGUUUGCUGCUAAUGUACUGUAGUUUCUAACGAUACUGUAGAAAGAUGCAUGCUCUGAUCGCUUUACCACUAGGCUUUAAUGACUACAAACUGUAAUGAUACCUGUGAUGCUGUUGAUAAACUGCUCCUCUGUUAUUCUGUUGAAAACAAAUGGAUAUGUGGGGCUCAAUUCCAUCAAGUUUGUUUUCAGUAUCCUGUUAAUUACCCCAACACAGAAGAUAAAAAUGGCUUUCGUAAUACCAGAAAUAUUUUUUCAACCUUACACUUUCAGAUAAACCUGCUUGGGGCAUUCAUUUCUCAAUACUUAUGGAGAUACUGCAUAGCUAUUUGAAGGAGUUCUGCCCCAAACCUUCCACUGGUAUGGUGUCAGUCUUUCUGUGUUGCAAUGUCUCUAGUCCAUUUGUCCAGCUAAAACAGCUUUGCUGAACUCAGACUGACAUCACAGCCAAUCUUCCAAAGGAUGUGGACUGACUGAUAACUCUGUCAUGUUUUGUUCUUAAACUAACCAAUGUUUACGACAAUACCAAUGAGCUUUCUUCUGUACAGAAAUGUGCAUUCCAAAUACCACAAAGGCAGUUUUUUUGUAUACUGAUUAUUUUAAAUUUAAUUUCUCUUAUAUUCUCUUGAUCUUAGUGACUGUAAGAUGUACAUAUUGGGGUCCUCUAUGGUGAAGGGACUCUGUUAUCCUUACUGUAGGUAAAAGUAUUCUUUUCAUUUUUUUCUGGAUAUGUUGUUGCCAUAGUGAUGACCAAAAAGAUACCUGUGAUGUGCACCUGUCCUUAUGUCCUGCUCCAGUGGUUUAGUGUGUCUCUAUUCUCUCCUUCCCCCAGUUUUCCCUUACUGGUGUGUGUUUCUCUUCCUUUCCUUCCCCAUACUCCACUGAGCUAAAUAAAGUCUGCUUUGGUGCA